AUGUUAAAUCGAUCUCCAACAAUGAAAACUUAUAAUAAAUAAAAUCAAAGCCAAGAUCCAUUGCUCAUUAUGACCCCUCCCAGUAGCUUGCGUGAAAUUAGUUGUUCAUUUAGAGGGAAUCUUAAUCGAUAUGUAACAAUAUAAAGUAGAAGAAAUAAACAAGAGCAAUAAGAAGAUUAAUAACACUCAAGAUAAUACAGAAUGCAUUUGCAAAGAAUGUAUCAAGAUACUUUUAUUAAACAAUUGCUCGAUAAAACUAAGCCAACAAGCAAAAUGAACAAUUAUUAAAAGUAAGUUCUUGAUGACUUGUAAUUUGGAUAGGAUACAUAAAUAGAUGAUAUAGAUAGUAGUUGUUAUAAAUUUAUGUUCAACUAUUUCAACAAUUAUCCUAUUAUAUAACCGUAAAGCAAUUUAAAAAUUUGUUCGGAUAUUAUUUUCAUUAUAAACACAUUGAUAAUCUUGAUAUGGUUGCCAUUAAAAUAUUCAUUCGAACUCGAUUAGAUUCUAUAAAUAUUAAAUUACAAUAAUAACGAAGUAAUUGAAUACCUACUCAUUGUGGUGUUGACAUUCGAAAUAAUCCUCUAAUUCAAUUAGGCAUACAUAUUUAAGGGGAAGGUGAUUAAGUAAUAAGUUCUUAUUGCAUUAGUUAGCGCUAUCAUAUAAUAUAUAACUAUUUGAAGCAAGACAUGAUCAAGGACCUUAUUUGUUUGGUGUCUUUGAUAGUUCUUUUAUUGAAAACGUUCGAGGCUGGAGAAAUGAAUUUGGUCCUAUUGUGUGCUUUUGGGGUUCUAUAAGGAUCAAAAUUAUUGAAGGUUGUGAACAACACACUGGAGUAUUUUAACAUUCAGUAGAACAAUUUAAUCCCAUUGGUGAUAAAUGUAAUUGGAGUAAUUUAUUUGAUUCAUCUUGUGUCUUGCAUAUAGUACACUCUAAUAAAGGAUGUGAACAAUGCUAAUUCCUUGGAGAAUGUAAUUUAGCAAUAUGUUCAAUGUUUUAAUUGGGCCUCAGUCUAUUUGACGAGUGCAGGAUUUUCGAACAUAGAGUCUAGUAAUAAUGAGCAACUGAUAUUCUCAUCAGUGAUAUCGAUAGUUUCUAUAUUGAUUGAUGGAUUUAUUUCUAUAAAAAUAGGUUUGUUCUUGUAUAAUCGUUCUCAAAGGAUCAAGCAUAAUUAAUACAUCAAUAUGAUGACUAAUUUCAUGAAUUUGAAUAGCAUAAAUUUGAAUCUCCAACACAGAAUUCGUAGUUAUCUGUAAUACAUUUAUAAAGUAAUUGAAAAGAAUAAUAAAUUAGUAAGAACAGUAGAUGAAUGAAGAAGAUAUUACUCAGAUAAUGGUUAAGUUGUCACACCAAUUAAGAAGUGAAUUGAAGCAUUAGUUAUAAGCCAAUAUUUUGGAGCAAUGCAAAAUGAUAUCCUCGAAUUUCUCUAUGAAGUUGAGGAAACAAUUGGUGUAUUAUAUGGAGGAAUUGAAGACAGUGCCUGAGCAACGAAUCUUAACAUUGAAUGACUAAGACGAUAGUUCCAUAUAUUUUAUCAAUAAGGGUGAAGUGAAUGUGAUAUUUGAACAAACCAACAAUAUGAAUGAGAAAUACCCCCGUAAUCAUAUAAAGACAUUGUAAAAAGGAGAGUACUUUGGAUUUUUAGGGUUCAUAACUGGAAAUGUAAGGACAGCCACAAUAAUAAGCAAAGGAUUCUGCUAAUUGUACAAAAUCUAACGCAAUCAUUUUAUAAAUUUACUUGAACAAUUUCCUGAUGACAAAGAGAAAUUCUAUAUGAUAAAAGACAAAGUGCAAUUUCAACAGGACCUGUCUAUGAUUGAUGCGAGAUGCUAUAGUUGCAAAUCCACCAGUCAUUUGGUGAACCAAUGUCCAUUCCUACAUUUUGAACCUGAUAAGGACAGAGUGAUCAAAUAGCAAUUGUAUCCAAUCCAGUAAGAAAGAGAGGAGAUGUAAUGAGUUUAGAAAUAACAAUAGAUAACGGAAAUCCAAGUACAUCAACGCCUUGUUACAACAGGUAGUAAUUCAAGAUUUGGCUAAGGAAGUGAUGAAUGAUUUGGAACACGUUGAAGAAAGUGAGAACAUAUCACAAAGUUAAUCUGAAGACAUUCAGACGAGAACCAUAAAAAGUAUUGAUAUGUAAUUACUUGACUAAUAGGUACUUCGAAUGUCCAAACCAAAAGUCUUAGCAAAUCUUUCAGCCAAUAUAGCAAUCAAUUGAGUAAGUUUAGUCAUAGACCUUCGUAAACACUGACAGUAGCAUAAAGUUAAAACUAUCAGUCCUUAAUGUCUCAAGAGGAAAUAGGGAAGUUUGAGUAGGAACUGAUAAAGAAGAUGCCAUUGCAUAGAAGGUCUCAAUAAAAGGAAACAGCAGGCUUCGGUGCCAGAUUUGAAUCGUAGAUGCAUAAUCCAAUCUAAGACCAUGACGAGGAUAUACCGAACAUUGACAUGAUGGAUGACGAGGUUUAGGUGUUCCAAUAGGAGAGUUAUAAGCCUUCUCAAUAAUUGUAUUAUUCAGACAAGAGUCCAAGAAUUCAUAGAAGAAUCUAAUAAAAAGUUACAUUUGAUCAAAAUUUACUUGGGAUGAAGAACAGGAGGUCAAGCUUAAUCUACGAGAAUUAUAUUUAACAAUUAUUUGAGGAAGAACACUAUCAAAUAGAAUUCGUAAGAUUGCUUUCAUUACCAACCAUAGCCCAUCAUAACUUAGCCCUCUGUGGGAGACUUUGAUAAAAUCUGUGAGUUCAGAGAGUAUUAUCCAGAAUAUAACAUCUCCAGAGUGAUGAGAUUUCUACAGAGAGUGACCUAGACAUAUCGUAGACAACAGACGACUUCCUUAUAUUCAUUUUUAUUCAUUGCCAUCCAGAAGGGACAUGCCAUGAAGGACAAAUUGCAGCAUUUCCACAGCAGAAGCAACAUCAAACCAAGCAAUAAUAGAAGGAUAUAUAAGUAUUUGAUAUUCACAUAUGAAUUAGGAAGGGCAAAGUCAAAACGGUUUUAUUUUGA